GAGUGACGCUGAUACUUCAUGCAAUCACACUGAGCAAUCUCUGAGCAAACAGCAGCGAUCACUAAUUGCAGAGUAUAGGCGAUCAUUUGUCAUCAUCACCUUCUCAUUGCGAGUCCUUUUAAAACCAGCCGCUGACGCACAGCUGUAUCAGGAGGAGCGUUUAACUUUGUGCACUUCUGUGAAAGGCGUCGGGAGUUGGAACUUCUGCAAGUCUGCAACUGGACUCAACCCGUUUCCAUCCAAAAUAGAUAAAAAAUGGUGGAGAUCUUCUAUAGUUAGAUAGAUUAACUGCAACUUCGGGAUUAAUAUACGCUGUUUUAGAUCAGACAUUUUCUCUGAGAACAUGGGCGGAGUGUGUUUAUGCUGUUCAUGGACUUGCAGACCAGUGUGGCCACUUUUCAUUCUGCUGGCUGCAGUCACCUGUGUGCUGCACUGCUCAGAGAGUCCUGCAGCUGUGGCUGGAAAAGUCUAUCCACGAGGGAAUCACUGGGCAGUAGGUCAUCUGAUGGGAAAGAAGAGCGUCGAGAGCCUUCCUGAACUCCAGAAGGCAAACCAGGACAGCGACCACCUCACUCCCCCACAAACAGCCAGGAGGCUCCCAGAACUGGAGCGAUACGAGCAUCUGAUGGAGGCUCUGCUGCAUCCAAAGAACCAAAAACAGAUGAAACAGCCACACACCGCAGACAGGCUGCUCCACAGCAGCUGGAGAGAAGAGGACAGAGAAAAGUAUCUCAGAGAGAUGUCACACCUGCUUCUUCUGGAUUGGAAACGGCAAGACGACUCCUCCUGAGUGCAGGACGGACUGAAAAAACUGUGUUAUUUAAUUUUAACUGCCUCUGUAAUUACAUAUGCACACUGUUUAAUUGUCCUGCUGUAAGAAGAUGCUGGAAACUCAAUACAAGUUUAUUUUAUCAGUAAUUCAACAUUUCUUGAUCAUGCACCAUUUUGAUUACUGACUGAUCUGACAAAUUUGUUACAUGAGCUGAGAUCCUGAAAUAAAUUUCAUAUUGUGACAACUGCA